UUAAUCUUCAAGAAACGAUUGCUCAUCAGUGUGAACUAAAUUCGAAUACUUUUGCUAUGUUUCUUGACACAGCUGGUGCCUUUGAUAAUGUUAGACAUAAUGGGCUAUUCAUAAAAUUGAAAAACUUUGGAAUUCAUGGAAUAUUUUUAAGAAUGCUCAUAAAUAGUUACACUGGCUUAACCGGACACAUCUUAGUCAACGGAAUCUUGUCUGAAAGCUUUAAAAUACAACAAAGUAUUCGUCAAGGAGGAAUUUUAUCAACAUGGCUGUAUCUCCUUUUUAUAGACGAACUUCUUCAGUCAUUACAGCUAAGUGGUCAUGGAACGGUUAUUGAAUCCAUAAGAAGUGGUAACCCAACGCUAGCGGACGAUAUCGUUAUUCUGUCGCCAAACAUUAAAUCUCUUGAACACCAGUUGAAUAUAGCGAACAAAUAUGCAUUCAGAUGGGGAUAUGAAUUCAAUGACAGUAAAUGCAAAUUAAUGCACUUUGGUAAUUCUGGCAGACAUGCGUUUAAAGAUAUAAAUAUUAAUUUCGGAAGUGCUUCCCUACGUCCGGUGGACUCGGUUACCCACGCCGGCAUUGAAUUACACAAUUCGCAAAAAUGUUCAAGUGCUGUAGAAGCGCGUAUCCGAAAAGGCCGCUCAUCUCUAUUUUCUAUUCUAUCUAUCGACGAGACUCCUGGCGACGUGAAUCCCUUAGUUUUGGCCUCUUUAGUGAAAAAAGUUACAUUUCCAACUGCCUUUUACGGAGCGGAAUUAUAGAAUGAUUUGACAGACACUGAUAUCCUUAAGAUGGAAAGAUUAUUCCGGUUAGCUGCCAAAUGCAUUCAACACUUUCCUAGAAGAACUCGAACUGAUAUGGCUCUAAGCAUGCUGGGAUGGUUACCUGCUAUAGCAGAAAUUGACAAACGAAAGCUUAAUUUCCUGCAGAAACUGUGCACAAUGCCUUCAAAUUUAUUGACAAGAAAAAAAUUUAAUUUCAGAUUACACCUAUAUGCAAACAGACAGUUUAGCGGACAAAGCGGAUAUAUACCUGACGUCUGUAGAAUUCUAAGAAAAUAUAACCUUUUCCAUAUUGUUGAAUCCUACUUACAAACAGCAAUCUUUCUUGACAAGUUACAAUGGAAACGAACAGUUUUUAACGCUAUACGCAAAUAUCAUACACAGCAUUGGUCAGAAAGAAUGAAUAGCGAUGAUGAUUUUGUACGCUUUAAAACUUUACAUACCGAUAUAAGCCCAUCAAUACUAUGGAGAAAUUCCGACUCUCUAAACUCAAUAAAACACGCAUUAUGUACUGCUAAAGUCCUUGUUGAGGCAAAACAAAGUGGUGUAAAAACAUGCAAGAAAUGUGGUUCUCAAACAAGUGACCUAAAUCUCCAUGUAAUAUCAAAAUGUAUUUCACUUAAAAAGACUCGAACAACUUUCCUUAAUAGUGUUGAAAAACAAUAUAGUUGUGAACUCAGUAACUUCCUGAAAGGAUGUAACAGCGAGACGUUUUUAAGAACUAUCUUAAAUCCUCGUGCCUUGGAUAUAUAUGACAUAGUUGAAUUUCUCCAAAAAGACUUCAUACAAAGUGCUUAUACACACAUGCCGAAGAAGAUUGUAAUAUCUGGAGAUAACAUUUCCAACGUCACGAAAUAGACACCGUCACACUGGUCUACGUAACAUUCCUAUAGAUGAUUGAUAUAUUUAAGUGCUUUUAAGAACUGUGUUUGAAUGACGAAUUUCUGUGAAUGCGGAUUUUUAGUUUUAAUUAUUAUUAAUUAUACUUUCUGUAAUAAUCAAUUUGUGCUAUGGACUCAUUUUCCUAAAAUAAUAUAUGAAUGUUAACACGAACAAAUGAUAUGAAUAUCUUCAAAAUAUUUUAUGGGUGUAAUACAAGUGGCUCAUAAAAAUCAUUGUUGAGAUAAAUAGAAUCGAACUUCAAGUUGGUAUAGUUUGUUCUAGAUUAAAACAACAUGCAAUUCAUAAAGGUUACGGCUUGAAAAUAUCGAAACAUGUACAUGUAUAACUCGAUCUCUAAAGAAAAUAUCGCAGUGCGGAUUUUCUCCACUGUGAUACGUAUUUCAUGACUCUGUAUCGCAUCAUACCGGUAUAUCGCCGUUCCGUUGCAACGCUACAUUAAUUUGUCCCUCUGGAAUAAGGCUUGCAACAAUAUAUGACUGUUGUAGCGAAGACAUGUUUAUUUUGUUUAAUAUAUGUAUACAUAUUGAAUAUAUGUUUAUGAAAUAAUAAAUAUUUAAGAGUGA